AUGCCUCGUGUCUUCCUGGUUAGGAGUCGGCGUCCACAGCCUCCCAAUUGGGGCCACCUACCUGACCAGCUCCGGGGAGAUGCCUACAUCCCAGACUGCAGCAGCCUGGCAAGGCCACCAGCACACCAGUCUCCUGGCCUCAGGGACUCAUGGGCAGCGUCCUCGCAGGGAACCCUGGCCUCUGCUCCCAGGAGCCCUGGGACACUUGGCUGCCCACUCUGUCCCAAGGCCUUCCCGUUGCAGCGCAUGCUAACUCGGCAUCUCAAGUGCCACAACCCAGCACGCCGCCAUGUGUGCCGCUGCUGUGGCAAGGGAUUUCAUGAUGCCUUUGAUCUCAAGCGCCAUAUGAGGACACACACGGGGAUCCGCCCAUUCCGCUGUGGAGCUUGUGGGAAAGCUUUUACACAGCGUUGCUCCCUCGAAGCCCACCUUGCUAAGGUGCAUGGGCAGCCAGCCAGCUACGCCUACCGCGAGCGCCGAGAGAAGCUGCACGUGUGCGAGGACUGUGGCUUCACCAGCUCGAGGCCCGACACCUACGCGCAACACCGCACCCUGCACCGCACUACCUGA